GGAGCCGUACAUUUACAUUCUGCAUUACGCAUUUUGCUUUGCAGUACAAGACCCAGAAAGGGAACCCCACACACUGAAAAUCAGGGGUGCUGAUUGAACGCUAAAUGCAAGUAAUCCAAUUGGCUACCCAGCGCUCUGGCAGCACUGCACUGUACUGCUAACGAACCUAAUCUACCCUUAGGGUAACCUAGGUUAGUGUACUUACUGCACAGCCUUGCGCCCCGUGUCCCUUCUCCGUCUCCUUCUGUGCAGCCGAGUUGGCAAAAGGUACGGGAAAAUGCCGUCGGACUCUUCAUAACCACUCCUCGCCCGUUUGCUUCCUCUGAUACAAAAUCUUGGGUCGUCAGAGUCCUGUAGUUGUUGUUGUGUCCCGGUGACAUGGAAUAACACACAUUCGUUACACGCCGCCCUCCUUUCCCCCCCCAAAGACGCCCAUCGCCCAUCGCCCAUCGCCCGCCGCAAUGGGCGCGCUCUCCUUCCUCGGGAGCGUCUACGACCUCGACACCCUCGACACCCGCUUCACGAACUCGUCCACGACUCCCUACAAGACGGUGAUAGAAUCCCGCGGUGAUCCCACGGCCAGCAAAGAGCGAGCUGCGAGGUUCAGUGGCAAAGCACAACCCUCCAAGUGGAGAACCCCCGAGUACUUCUUAUACUACCUCGUCUGCAUCGUGUGCGUGCCGCUUAUGUUCUGGACCGCUUAUACUGCAUCGCGCCCUUCCUCCAACCCCCAGUACAGAAAGUUUGAGCGCUACCUUUCUCCCGGCUGGAUACCAGGUCGUAACAUCGAUAUCUCAGAUAAUCAGUACCAUACAUUCCGCAAGAAUGCUCCCUACAUGGGCGCACUCCUGGUCUUUCACCCGCUUCUGCGACGCCUGUACAAUGCUGUUCUACACCCGAUUGCCUCGCGAGCGAGCACGACACGGCCCACAUUAGAAGAGGCCGACCGUAGACUGAACCAGCGAACAUCUUUCGACUUUGCUUUCGCCAUCAUAUUCCUUCUUGCCCUUCAUGGCAUUUCCGCCUUCAAGAUUCUCGCUAUCCUCUAUAUCAACUACCAGAUUGCCACAACCGUGCCGCGAAAAUCUAUACCCCUUGCGACAUGGGCCUUCAACAUAGGCACCUUGUUUGCCAACGAGCUGUUCUCCGGAUAUAGACUGGCACAACUCGCUGCUUUCAUCGUCCAUCCAGAGGGAAGAGGCCGCGUCGCCCCACAGUCGAAUCUCGUCGAAUGGGGCGUCUGGCUCGACAGUUAUGGUGGUAUCAUGACCCGCUGGGAGAUUCUUUUCAACAUCACCGUGCUCCGACUGAUCAGCUUCAACUUGGAUUAUUACUGGAGCCUGGACAGGCGUAGCUACAGUCCAGUGGAGAAACAAAUCGAUCCUGCCGCCUUGAGCGAACGAGACCGUGUCUCCAUACCUGCCCAAUCCAAAGACUUCAGCUUCCGUAACUACAUUGCCUAUGCGAUAUACGCCCCGUUGUACCUGACUGGCCCUAUCCUCACUUUCAACGACUACAUCUCGCAGCAGCGCUACAGACCUGCCACCAUUGAGACGGCUCGCACUAUUCGCUAUGGUGUCCGUUUUGCCCUGGCACUGCUCGCUAUGGAGGUUAUGCUGCACUACAACUAUAUACAGGCCAUCUCCAAAGCGAAUCCGACAUGGGGCGAGUACACAGCUGCCCAGCUGAGUCUGCUCAGCUUCUUGAAUUUGCACCUUAUAUGGCUUAAACUGCUCCUGCCCUGGCGGUUGUUCCGACUCUGGUCCCUCAUCGACGGUAUAGACCCGCCCGAAAACAUGUUGCGCUGCGUUAGCAACAACUACUCGACGCUUGCCUUUUGGAGAUCGUGGCAUAGGUCAUACAACCGUUGGUUGACGCGAUACAUCUAUAUUCCCUUGGGCGGGUCUAGUUUUGCAAAUCCAAAGGCCGCCGCGAGGUCCAUACUGAACUAUGUCAUGACCUUCACCUUCGUGGCCAUGUGGCAUGAUAUUCAGCUGCGCUUGCUCAUCUGGGGCUGGCUGGUCGUACUGUUCAUGCUGCCCGAAAUGACGGCGCGUGCUCUGUUUCCGGCCAGGAAAUGGGAGAACCGGCCUACCGCCUACAGGUUGAUAUGUGGUAUCGGUGGAUGUGCCAAUGAUCUCAUGAUGACCAUGGCCAACCUCGUUGGCUUUGCUGUGGGGUUGGAUGGGCUGCAGGAUAUUAUCACAAGUAUUUUCAGGGACGUGUCCGGUUUCACGUUCCUCAUCGUCGCUUGCACUGCCAUUUUCGUUGCUGUUCAGAUCAUGUUCGAAAUCAGGGAGUCGGAAAUGAGGAGAGGCAUAUCGCUCAAGUGUUGAGUCGUUGUCGCUGUUGCUGUUGCUGUUGCUGUACAUAUAUAUUGCUGCAUGAGAGAGGCGUUUUGAUAGCAUGGUAAACUUCAUUAGUCUUCAGCUGUAUUCGUACAAUGUUUCAUCAGGACGCAGUCUCACAUCGU